UUCAGAUUCCCUAUUAGACUUUUUCCUAAGCCAAACGAGAUGUCGUCUGAAUUAACAAGCCAAUGUUAUAACAUGGAUGAGAUUGUUUACUUGCUGAUGUCCCUCAACCAGGAUGCUGAGCUCAUCCUGUUGUUUAUGAAGACGCUGAACACCAUAACUGUCUCUAUCAUCGGCAACGUUAAUGACCAAACCCUUCUUAAUGUAUCUCUGACAAUUGAUGCAAGAAAUGACCUUAAUUUUCUCGAGUCAAUCAAAAGCAGACAGCUCCUUCUAGACAACCCAGAUGUCGCAACGUAUGAUCCAGUUACAAUGUUAUCAUUGGUCAGAGUUAAGGUGGAAACCUUAGGGGAGACAGUUAAACAUAAAACGUGGCUUGUAUGUCACUUGUAUGAGAUGUCCGUGCGCUUGAGGAAUCUUAUACGAAAUGAAAAGGUGGGCUUGAUUCCACUCGUGGGGUGUGCCAUGGACGUCAGCGAGAAUUAUGGUAACUGCUUUUUAGUAUAAAAAAGUUAACUAAGACAAAUGUAUUUUAAUAACACAAUCAUUCAGAAUUGGUUUAGAGUUAUAUUUGAAAUAAAUAGGCCUUAUUCAAUGUUAUUUUAUCAUAUCUAUUGGCCAAUAUAUGACCACGAUUUUAUGGUCAUUUACAAAAC